UGCUAGUUCUUUACCAUAUCUUUAGAUUGAAAGAAAUGAAAAGGUAAAAAAAAGAGAAAGGGAAAAUUAUAUCACUUCAUUUUCCACCAUUCCCCUCCUCUCCCUUUCCCUAAUUUGGAUAAGUAUUUAAAUUAAAAGACAAACUAAUAUAAAAGAAAAUUUUUUUUCUUUCUCUCUAAUUUUUUUAUGAUUAAAUAAAGAAUCUUUUUCCCAUUCCCUCCCUUCUCCUUCCUUCCAUUUCUCUCAAUCUAAACAUACUAUUAAUGAUUUUUUAUUUUUAUUUGUUUUAAUAAGAUUCAAAGAGGAGGGAUGCAUAUAAUUUUCAUUUUUUGAUAACUUUGGCCUAGGAAAAAAAAUGUGGGGAAGAAAUUUUGAAAAAGAAAAAAGAAAAAAGAAAAUGGAAGAAGAUGAGUUCAUGGUUUUACUUUCUGAAGAUUACAGGCAGGAGCGCUGCUCACCGUCGUUGGAAGAGUCGGUGUCGCCAGCGUUACGCUACAAAAUCAUCCGUUCCCCUUUUUCUUUCCCGGAUUCAGAUCGCCUUCACCGUCGCAAGAUGCAUCCAAGAACCCAAACUCAUCCCUUCCAACUUUUUAUCCGAUCCCAGAGUGGAACCCUAACCCUAAGUUUCGAUCCUUCGAAAUCCGUAACCCUUCACCAAAUCAAAUCCUCGAUCCUUUCUGACCCUCAAUCUCCCUCUUUUUAUUUCACUCUUAAUGGGAAACUUGUCUCAGAUUCGACCCUUCUCCCGAAUCCCCGAAUUGCCCCUCUUUCUACUUUUGUCUUGCUGCCUCGGCUUCCAGGUGGCGGAGGAGAUGGCGGAGCGACCGGUGCCGAGUCCCGCGACUGCUACCUCAACAUGUACGCUGAGAAGAAGCCCGACAAGGUCGAUCCCAACGAGCAGAGGCUAUCCAAGUGGCUGAAUUGCGCGUUGUCGAAUGAGCCCCUGAGGGAGCCCUGUGUUGUUGAUAAGCUAGGGAAUAUUUUCAACAAGGAAGCUCUCGUUGAGGCUUUACUGGAGAAGAAAUUGCCCAAAGAGUUUGGCCAUAUAAAGGGUUUAAAGGAUAUGGUGAACAUUAAGAUGUCAAUGAUUCCUGGGGAGGAAUUGGUUGGUGAUGGAGCGAGGUUUCAGUGCCCAAUAUCGGGUAUGGAAUUUAAUGGUAAGUAUAAAUUUUUUGCAUUGAGAACUUGUGGGCAUGUAUUGAGUGCAAAGGCAUUGAAGGAGGUGAAGUCCUCUUCUUGUUUGGUGUGUCAUAAGGAGUGUGUGGAAUCGGAUAAAUUUGUGAUCAAUGGUAAUGAGGAGGAGGUGGCAGCUUUGAGGGCGAGAAUGGAGGAGGAGAGGGCUAAAAUAAAGGAUAAGAAGGUGGCAAAGAGGGUAAAGAGUAAUGUGGAAGUUGGUGUCAAUGGUAAGGAGGAAGAUAUUGGCUUGGAUUCAUCUCGAGGAAUCAAGAGGGUGCUUGAUGUUAAGAAUAUGAAGGCCAUGAAGGAGAAGGAAGGAAAUGGGAAGGUUGAGAAUGCUGUUAAUGGAGCGAGUAAAGGUGCUGUGAAGAGGUUUAAAGCUGCAGACAUGGCACCACCUAAUGCCACAAAGGAAGUAUAUGCCUCAAUAUUUACUUCUUCUAAGAAGUCUGAUUUUAAGGAAACUUUUACCUGUAGAUCUCUACCGCUUGGUCGGAAUUAAUUGUUGAAGGUCUACUGUGGUUGCAGGGCAUCUUUGAUGUUUCAUGAGGUGAUAUCUGAUGUCUUGUUGUUAUGCAUUAUCAUGAGUUAAAAUUUGAGAAAUCUUUAUGUGUUUGAGAUUAACUUGCCCUAAUUGUAUUACACUAUUGACUAAAGUACUGCCUCACCUCCAAGGUACAUGAUUCCUUCUUCUUCUUCCUUGUACCUGUAUUUUUCUUUAGU